AUGACAGAAAGAGAUAUUGUCAUCUACGUAAAGAGUCAUCUACGUCGCGAUAGAACAAAGCUGGUAAUAUCAUGGAUGCUCAUUACCGUGGCGGUGGUACAAGUUACGGGAUCGAGCGACAAGCGGCCCCAUUUCACCGUGGAGCCACCGUCUCGUAUCCUGUGGCCUGCAACGCGUGGCGCUUACGCCAUCUGCCACGCCACUGGCCAUCCACCGCCAGACAUACACUGGGUUACCGCUGAAGGACAGAUUAUGACCACUAUACCUGGGUUAAGACACGUGUUAAGCGAUGGUCGGCUGGUAGUGGGCGCGCGGCGCUCCCUGCUGGACGCGGGUACAGGCAGUAGCGGCGCUGUACUUCGGUGUAGAGCUUCCAACCGUGCUGGAACGGUACUCUCUAGGCCUGUCUUGCUGCAGCCAGUGGAAGACAAUGUUCUCUCGCACACUGCACGCCAGUUAACUCCUGCCAAAGUAGGAGGCUACGUUGUACUGCGCUGCGAGAUGUCUCCCCAAAUCGGUCUCGGCGAGGUAACGUGGUUGCAAGACGGGCUGCCUUUACCUUCAGGAUAUUUAGGCCCUGAUACUCGUUGGAUAUCUGGAGCAAGUGGUUUGCUGCUUGGCACAGAUUUAUCACAAACCGAUAUACAAGCGGAGUAUUCUUGUCUAGCUCUCGAUAUUCCAAGCUCUUCUUUGCGGCUCACGACUGAUGAUAGCAGUUGGUUAGAAAACAUUGAGUUAAAUUCAAUCGAAGCUCGGGCUGGUGAUGCUGUGAUACUACCUUGUAUUUUGAGACAUAUGACAGGACAUAGUGUGACUUGGCAGCGCCAAGAGCCAGGUGGAACAUGGGUGUCAGCAGGUGAAGGGACAGUGCGCAGUGGAACAUUAGUACUAGCAAACGUUCGGCCGCAUCAUACUGGCCGGUAUGCCUGCUCUGUGGGCGCAGAGUCCUCGCCGAGAGUGCUAACUCGAUUAGUCGUCUAUGAGCCUUUGACAGUUGCCGUGACGCCAAAUCCAUUGAUGAUUGGAACGGGUGGAUCGGGCCAUUUAAACUGCUCAGUUCAAGGAGGUCGAGGAGGCGGACUUACUCUAAGUUGGCAACACGAAGGCCGGCCACUUCAUGCGCCCCAAUCUCGGUUGACACUGGGUCCAAUUCGGAACCAUCAUGGAGGCCUUUAUCAAUGUACUGUCCACGAUCAUUCAGAAUCCGCCGUCGCUGGAUCUGAACUACUUAUCGCUGACAGGCCGCCAAGACUGGUGGCCACUUUCAGUGAGGCUGUGACAAGAGUGGGUCAAAACAUUGGAUUACGAUGUGCAGCAACUGGAGUGCCUUCACCUCGAAUUUAUUGGACUUUAGACGAUAGACCUUUGCCGUCAGCACCGGAAAAGUACAGUAUAAAUACGAGGGCGGAAACAUUACCAGGUAGUGAGGAAGGAACGAUAGUGUCAACUCUCAGCGUAAACAUCAGGUCACCAGAAGAAGGUGGCCGUUACGGAUGCAACGCAACAAAUUCUCGUGGAUCACAAGCUCAUUAUGCAAGACUGAACGUUAUCGGACAACCGAAUAUAAGAUAUUUGCCGCCAAUUCACGUUAAAGCAGACAAUGACGUAGUUGUGUAUUGUCCAUAUUAUGGAUAUCCUAUAAAAGAAGUAAUUUGGAAGCGUGAUGAUGGAUCUAUUAUUGAAGCUUCUACGGAAUCUAGUGAUGAACGUGGCAUGCUCAGAUUAGCAUCAAUCAGAAGUUCAGUUUCGGGUUCCUACUCUUGUGAAGUCCAUGCUGAAAGUGGGGAGUUGGCAAAGAGGACCGUUCGUAUCGAAGUGCAUAAACCCCCUAAGAUAAUGCCAUUCCAAUUUCCUGAGGAGCUUGAAGUCGGAGGCAGUACGCAAGCAACUUGUAGUUUGGUUUCCGGGGAUAAACCAAUACAAUUUAUUUGGCAUAAAGAUAAUUUGCCGAUACCCUCGAUUUUAAAGGUGGAGCAAAAGAGCAUGGACUUCUUUUCUUUAUUGAUUAUCCAAGACUUAACAGCUGCUCAUACGGGGGAAUACACUUGUAAAGCUACAAAUGAUUAUGGCUCUGUCAGCCACAGCGCUCAUUUAAUGGUCAAAGAGGCACCUACAUGGGUGUGGCGUGCUCAAAACACUUCAGUGUCGGCAGGAGCUGCUUUACUUCUUCCUUGCUCAGCUAAAGGGCAACCUUCACCAAGGAUAUCUUGGGAAUAUUCUUCCGAUAAUGAAAACUGGCGUCACAUUCUUUGGAGUCAAUCAGAAACAAUAGAUGCUAGUGGUGGUUCCAUACUCUCUGAUGGAACUGUGUGGUUGAAAGCCGCAACGCCAGAACAUGAAGGAUGGUAUCGAUGCACCGCUAGAGUCCAACAUUCCUAUCUUCAUCACAUUUUUUAUCUUGACGUAAGAGAACCUCCAAAGUUGACCAGAGGAGGAGGCGGUGGAGAAACACGAUGGGUAGUCAGAGGUUCUGCAGCUCGUCUUACUUGCACUGUACGUGGAGAGCCUGAGAUUCACAUUCACUGGACACAUGAUUCCAGGCCGUUAGCUUUACACGGCGGAGGUGCAGUAGAGACAAGGGACAUAAACAACGGAGCUUUAACGUCAGAGAUAACUAUAGCGCACGCGGGCCCUGAACAUGCGGGCGAGUAUCGGUGCCUUGCAAGGAACCUCUAUGGCAGUGAUGAGUUGCUAUAUAGACUGUUUGUUAAAGAACGUCCAAACGUACCUGAAGAAGUCCGCGUAUCUGAAGUCUGGUCGCGCAGGGCUCGAGUCACUUGGAGGAUAGCGAGAGGUGCUCUUGUCUCCCACUACUCUCUCCAGUAUCGUGCACUCACUCGCGAACUCUCAAACGUUCCGCUCGACGCACCGCUGCCCGCUCUGCUUGAUACCUGGGACACACCUGAAGUCGUCAACUUAACAUUGGCUAAUUCGGAUUUGCUACAUGUUGCGUCGGAAGGACCGGGUCGGGCAGGCGCCUCUGUGUCCGGUCUGGCACCCGACACGCGGUACGCACUUCGCCUGGCCUCCUUUAACGACGUCGGUGGCUCUCCAUACACCUCGCCACUACACUUUACCACUCGGGAAGAAGCCCCGGGUGGCGCGCCGCGGGACGUCUCCGUGCGAGCACUCAGGCCUCGCGAGCUGCACGUGUCAUGGCAGGCUCCGCCUAGGGAAACUUGGCAUGGGACAUUACUAGGGUAUACGAUCAGAUGGUGGGAGGUGUCAGAGGAGGGGAAAGGGUCUAAUGAGCGACCAGGGUCCGAAAGUGGGGCAAGUGCAGACGCUACCAGUACCACAAUCAGAGGUCUGAAGGCAGCAACGCGAUACGGAGUGACAGUACGAGCCUACAAUGCUGCUGGUACAGGGCCUCUUUCACCGCCACAUUUUCGACAUACCUUGGAGUCACCGCCAACCGGAGGUCCUGAAGGUCUGACGUGCACAUCGAGUGGACCAACGUCGUUGAGGUUAUCCUGGCAUCCGCCAGCUCUCGAUGCUCGAGGAGGUCUCAUUACUCAUUAUACAUUGCAAUAUACUAGAAGAGAUGCUGAUCCUUUACAGCCUAGCCAAGAUGCCUAUAUACGUGUACAGGGUGAAGAGACGACUUUGUCACGGUUAACUUCGUAUGCUGAAUACGAAAUAAGAGUACGAGCCCAUAAUGCCGCUGGUGAUGGCCCUUUGACCGCUGCUCAAGUGUGCAGAACCGAUGAAGAUGUGCCAAGCGCUCCUGGUGGUAUGAAAUUGAUUGCUUUAAGCGAACGCUCUUUGAGAGCAUCUUGGUUGCCUCCGCCAGAACCUAACGGAAGACUGACACAUUAUAACUUAUAUGUUAAGGAUCUGUCUGGAUCACAAGAACCAAAUGUAACAAGAGUGAACACGUGUUCAGAAGCAGAUGGUGGUACAGUAGAAUGCAUGAAAUCAUUAAGAGGUCUUCGUGCUGGCAGAACUUACGAAGCAUGGGUUAGAGCAUCCACUGCUGUAGGAGAAGGUCCACCUUCAGUUGCAGUUGCAUGUCAGACUAGCUCUUUGGCUCCGGCGCGUAUCUCCUCGUUUGGUGGCGUCAUAGUUGGAGCUGCAGGAGGAUCUUUAUCACUGCGAUGUGUAGUAGGAGGAGCACCACCACCAGCUAAAAGAUGGCUGCGUGGUGGAAAUCCUUUACAUCCUCGACCUCCAUUUCAUUUAGACGGUGAUGCUUUGCUACUAAGAGGUCUAGAACUAGCUCAUACAGAUAAUUACACUUGCGUAGUUGAAAAUCCUCACGGUUCCGACUCUGCUACUUGGCGAGUUGUGGUUCUUCGGCCACCUUCGCCUCCGGGUUUAGCAUUACUAGAAGCGAGACCUCGAGAAUUAGAAUUGGAGUUAAGGCCUACCCCAAGGACGCCUGGUCAUGCCCUUCCCAAGACCUAUAGUUUACAUUGGCGGCUAACUGCUCAAGAUGGAGAAUGGAGGACACAGGCAGCAAAUCCUGGUACAGUAACCUUAUCGGGUUUGCGAUGUGGAUCAGCGUAUAGAGUUUACGGUUCUGCUGGAGGACCUCCAGGCUCUGAGAUUGCUGUGAGAACGUCUGGAGGACCUCCCACCGCACCUCCAGAUUCUAGAUGGAUACAGGCAAACACAACUCAUGCAAAAUUUGAUACAAGUGUGUGGGGAGAUGGGGGAUGUGGACCCGUGGCUUUAAAGCUCGAGUGGGCUGGUUCAGGUGCUGCUGGUGCUAGAGAUAUACCUGUUGGGGGAGAAGUUAUAAUGGGUGGAUUGACACCAGGGUCAAGAUAUCGUGUAGCAGUUCGUGCGUCGAACGAAGCGGGUUGGACGCGGGAAGUGUAUGAAUUCAUAACGACGCCAUCGGAAGGCGGGUAUGCGGAAGAGGUGGACGCUCCAUUCCCAGCAACGGCCGGAGAAUUGGCGUUGCUGCUGGCUCUGUGUGCUGCUUUGUCUUUGGCAGCACUCACUAUUUUAGCUAUUUUAUUGCGGCGAAAAAGAAGCGACGACGCGGUGGGUCGAGUGAUGACCAGUGCGGAGAAGCCCGGCUGCGGAACUUACAGGGCGCCACCGCAUCAAGCACCGAAGCUGCCCCCUGACCCACCAGAUGUUUACGAGAUAAGCCCGUAUGCUACUUUUGCGGGUGGCCCGGGUGCGACGAAUGGGUCGCGUGCGUAUACGCUGCAACUGCGUGCGCUCGCCCGACAAGACGACGACGCUGCACCGCCAUCGCACCCGCCUUGCUGCGAUGAAGAAACGUGCGUAGAUGCCAUGGAUGGGCAGCGCAGGCGAAGGCGGCGACGACAUUACUGCCCCGAUCAUGGUUGUUCACAAGACUCAGGAAGUUGAGAAACAAAACUGCCAAAUGUUUUAGUAAAAAAUAUCUAGUCUGUGUAAUUUAGUAAAUUCGGUUAAAACUAAAAUUAUUAUAAUUAUUAAUAUGUAUAC